CGGUCACACUGUUCUCAUCCCUCAAGAAAAACAGAACGCUCCGGCGUUGAGAAAAUAAGUAAAAAUUCAUCCACACAGGAAUAUGGUGCGCGGAGCUCUCCGAGGUGGACGCCCCAUGCGUGGGGGCAUCCGUCCGCCGUUCAAGAAAACCUUUGUGCCCCGCCACCCGUUCGAUUUGACCCUGGCGGAGGUCUUCUUUCCCAAAGUCCCACUCGCCGGUACCGUGGACGAUUCGGCUCUAACUGCGGCACUGCUGAAACGCAACCAGGACUUGAGUCCCACUCCCAGCGAGCAGACGGCCAUCGGGAAUCUGGUGACCAAGGUGCAGGCUGUGCUGGACAACCUGGUGGUGGCUCCCGGCGAUCUGACUACUUGCCAACUGGAGGAGGUGCGUCAGGUGGGCUCGUUCAAGAAGGGCACCAUUCUAACCGGCAAUAACGUGGCCGAUGUGGUGGUCAUUCUCAAGACGCUACCCACCAAGGAGUCGGUUGACGCUCUGGCCAAAAAGGUGGAGGCCGACCUGAAGGCCAGCAUGAAGACUGAGGUGCUGACCAAGGGCGACCAGCAUACUGUGCAGAUCCACGAGCGCGGCUUCGACAUCGCUAACGUCCAUGCCAAGGUGCGCAUCCUGAUCGCUACCUUGCCACAAAACUUGCGCAAGCUGGAGCCGGAGAUCCACUUGGAUCACAAGCUGAUGCAGAGCCAUCUGGCCGCCAUUCGGCACACGCGUUGGUUUGAGGAGAACGCCCACCACUCCUCGAUCAAGGUGCUCAUUCGCAUACUCAAGGAUCUCACCAGGCGCUUUGACGCCUUCGCGCCGCUGUCGGCCUGGAUGCUGGACCUGAUCGCCCACCUGGCCAUCAUGAACAACCCGUCGCGCCAGGCCCUGCCCAUCAAUUUGGCCUUCCGUCGCGUCUUUCAGCUGCUCUCCGCCGGACUCUUUCUGCCCGGCUCGGCCGGCAUCACAGAUCCCACCGAACCGGGUCACAUCCGAGUGCACACUGCCAUGACGCUGGAGCAGCAGGAUGUGUGCUGCUACACGUCGCAGACGCUGCUCCGUGUGCUGGCCCACGGAGGAUACAAGCACAUCCUGGGAUUGGAGGGCAACACCAGCAUCGUGCGCGAAAUGUCCGUCUGGAACGGCGUGUGCGUCUCUCCCCUAACCGCUGUCUACGAGAAGCCCACGGACAAGAAGGAAGGCGACCUCGAGGAGGACAUCGAGAUGAUUGAGAAUGAGAACGAGGACGACGGCAGCGACGAUGGAGCCGAAUAAAACGAGCCAGGAUAUUUUCACUUACAAUUGCAUUUCACAUUGCACAUCAUGUAUUUUUCCAAACACCAUGACCUAAAGGAUUAUACUAAUCCCCAAUAUGGGUUCAUCCUCACCAA